AUGCAGCGCGUAAGAGCAAACGAGUUGAGAAGGCGCGACGUGGGAAGCGGUCGCGAGCCCACCCCUUCAGACACAAGGGAGCCGGAAUCCCAGCAAGAGGCGCCUCCAGGGGACUUCCAGGGAGGGGCCCAUGACGCGCAGGGGAGUCAUGGAGAAGGCAACGGGAGGCGUCUUGGAUUAGGGAAGGUGUUCGACGUGAUUGUUUCUCUGUGGAUUUUCUGUAGAGGCUCGCUGAGUGCCUUAGGAACUAUAGUUAAGAGAUUUGUGUUUGCUACUCAAGGCGUGCUGAUUCGCGCUCUGUCAACUCCAACCUUCUCCGAUAUGUACGAAGCAAAAUACGGAGAUAAGCAUCCCCCGUUCUUUCCAGGCUCUUUUAGAGACGCGUUUAGUGAGGCGCGAGUUAUUCAGAAACCCUUGGUUGUCUAUUUGCAUGAGGAGGGGCCCUCGGCGGACGUGGCCUGCCGUGAGGCCCUUGGCAGUGCGCUCUUCAUUGAACUCCUGGCUUUGCAGGGGACAUGGGGAGAAGCUGAGGCGGCGUCGCAUGCAGUUGGGGCAUUAGAUCGCCUCGAGGAGCUGCAGCAGGAAUGCGCCGAGAAGCAAGAGGCGCUUCGGCAGACGCAAAUACUGCGCCGUGAACAAGAAGCUGCGUUUGAGGAGAUUCAACGCCAAGAAUCCCUGAGAAUGUCUAUUCAGAGGGAAGAAAGGAUACAGCGGGAAAGGGAGCUGCAGCGGCGGCAGCAAGAAGCUCGAAGGUUGGCUCAGAAGCGGGAGAAGCGGCAGCAACAGCUGCAGCAGCAGAAGCAACGACGAACCGCCGCAGCAGCAGACUUCAAAGCCCAAGACACGGAGUGCAACAAACUGCCUCCGGAAGAAAGGACAACAGUAAGAAACAAUGGCGAUCUCCAGUUGCAGGAGCAGAAGCAGACACAGGAACAGAAUAAGCGACAGCAUUGA